AUGAAUCAAUUAUCUGAAAAUGAUCAAGAGCUAAAAACUAUUUUGGAUGGAGUUAUGAUAAAUAACUGCAUCAAACCAUUUAGACAGGUUUCGGAAAAAUUGGAGCAGCUCGACAAAUUUGCACAUGAAUAUGGAAAUAAUGUAGAUUCCAAAAUCAAUCAAAUGCUCAUUUCAUUACGCAAGGAUGAAAUUAAUUGCUUAAAAUUAGAAAUGAGAUUGGAAAAAAUUCUUGAGUUAGUUAUUAAGCAAAUGAGAAAGGCUGGCCCUGGAGAGGAAGAAGAUAAAGUACAGGUUGUAGAAACAGUCAAACAAAAAACAAAUAAGCAAGAGAUUAAAAAAAACAUUGACAAUAAGGAAGAAAAUGCUGAUGAGCGAACAUUUGGUAGUUCAAUAAAUAGUAUAGAAUCCGUUCCUGUUGAUCCUUUGAUAAAACGAACUCUUGAAUAUGAAAAAACUCAGAGAAAAAUAUAUGAAAAACCAAAUGAUACCAAAGGAUACAGCAUGUAUGUUGAGGAAGAAACUUGUGAUGAGAUUAGUGUAAAAAUAACUACUGAUGGUUCUGCCAGAAGUCUAAUUUCAAAGUAUAUUAAUGGAGAAAAUAAAAAUGAGAAUGAAGUUAGAGAAAAAGAUCCUAAUGCAAUUCGUAGGGAAAGGGUCGAUAAUAUAAAAAGGACUGUUAAGCCUUUAGUUCGUGAUGGUGGCAAUAAAGGCAAAUGCUGUGGCUUUUGGAAAAAAUGGUGUUGUUGUUGCUUAGAUAAAGGUCCAACAAAAUCAGGUAAAUAUUAUAAAAUGUCUACUCAAGAAUGGAAAGAUUUUCUAGCAGCAAUAGAACCAAAGGACAAGAAAUAUAAGGAUUAUUGUAAUAUGUUAGAGAAAAAAAAUAGUUCUUGCAAUAUUGAUGUUGAUGGUCUACCUCCAUUAGUUGUUGAAUAUUCAUCUUUAAAUGCACAAGCUGGAGGAUACUAUAAUGGGAAUCAAAUGUAUAAUAUGGGUCAAAACUAUCAAUAUUACUACCCAAACAAUUAUCAGGGAUAUUAUAAUGGCCAAUACUAUUAUGAUGCCAAGAGCCAGGCAUCUAAUAUGUCAUAUGGAAAUAACAACCCAAAUUAUAUGAAUUACAAAAAGAAAGGUAGAAAUAUGCAAGAAGAUAUUAAAUGCAAGCAAAUGCUACAGACAAAAAUGGGAAUAAGGAAUGACUAA